AUGGCAACGGUCAAUCUCUACUACCUCGGGUUAGUAUGCUUGCUAGCUGUCACUGCAACUGCGGCAUCGCAAUGCUUCCGUGACGCCGGCCAGCUGAAGCGUGUGGUUCAAGCACAGGAGGAGUGCGUCCGAUAUCUGCGCAUCCCUUGCGCCCGCCUAGCCGUCUACAACAAGUUCAUCUACCCGAACGAUGCCGAAACGCAGUGCAUGGUGCGCUGCAUGGGCCUCAACCUGGGCUGGUGGAACGAUACGCACGGCGUGCAGGAGGCAUCAAUGCGCAGCUUCUUCCAUCCGGACCCGAACGACUGCGACUACGAGCGGCGUACUUACCGCUGCCUGCACUCCCAGCGUCUCGACAGACCAGCACCGCACGACGAGGCGUGCGAACGUGCGUAUGAGUCCUUCCGGUGUUACUACGAGCAUUAUGGCAAUCUCGUCGUAACGCCUCAGUUUGUUCGACUCAACGCGCUUCAACAGCUCGAUGUGCUGCUGCAGUGUGCCGAUAUGCUGCAGUAUCCCAUGCCGGACCGUUCGUUCUCGUGCGCCAAAACGCAUGUAGCAGGUGCGGAAGGUGAUUUCGACUGUGUGUUGCGUUGCUAUAUGCUGAGAACGGGAUUGUACAGCGAGCAGUAUGGACCCAAUCUGGACCGAAUUUACGUACAGUGCAAUAACUACGCGAACGAGACAGUGUUCCGCGAAACUACCGAUGCCUGUUACCAAAGGCUGCGGUCAGACUGUCAGGACGAAUGUACGCUGAUCGCUCGCUAUGUACGCGAAUGUUUUCCAGCUGGAGGUAUUAUAUUUUUAAAUUCUUUAUGGUAA